GCGCUCGAGCAGUCUACGCGUUGUUGAUACUGAUUUAAUCCACAUUGGGAGCGGACAGUUAGAAGACGUGCGACCAGAGACACAAUUUGAGGAAUACUCGGAUUAAUGUAAUUUAUUUUUCGUCUGUCUAUGAGCACGACCAAGUAAAUUAUAUUUGGCGGAUUUAAACAAGCACGUUUUACCUGGGAGAACUCGAGAACGACCUUCAUUCAGGUUGAGGUGAAGAGUUGUCACCACACUUGUUGAUUGUUAAAUAUUUUUUUGUAUUAUUUAGCCUAUAGUUGAAUUUAACAGAAAUCGAAUGUAUAAGCCAAAUAUGUAGACACUUAUCUGUAGCCUAUACUUAUUUUUGUCACUUGGAUUUUUUUGCCCGUUCUUAUUUCUCGAAAUAAUCCACAUUCCCUGCAACCUACGAUGUUCCCUUGUCCUGUUUAUGUUUUUGAAUAGCCUUCAUUCGGAUUUGCACUAUCCACUAGUUGGGACACAAGACCCACCUGUUGCAUUUCGAGGCAAAACUCAUAAAACAGAAAUGUCACAGCUAGAGGUCGACGUGGCCGGACUGGGUUUCUCCAAAUUACCUGCUGGGUUCGACGCCAACUCCUGCUUCCCUGGCCGAAUACCACCAAGGCGAAGGAGACACUCGGCAAACUCCAGGAGAAACUCGUACAGGUUGAGCAAAAUAAAUACCUUGGAUUUGGAGCCUGAAGUUUACGAUGAUUCCCCUCUCUCCAAAACUCACUCCUGGUCUGCUGAUGACAUUUUAGCCGAAACAGCGGCAGAGGAGAAAAAGGUGGACUCCUCAGCACCAGCCUCACCUGUCUCAAGCCCGGGAACGAGCACGUGCUCACCCCCUGGUACCCAAGCGUCAGACCCCAAACCACUUGAUACCUGGGACGCGCCACAGCCCAGCUCGCAAGCACAGGGCACAAGUUCAGAUUCCGAGGAAGAAAUCACUGACAAAAAGGUCAUUUUAUCUCGAGCUCCAUUUGAAAGAAAACGGGAGCAAGAGGAAAAGGAUGAAAUUGAAACCAAAGCCGUGGCGACGUCACCUGAUGGAAGGUUCCUCAAAUUCAACAUUGAAAUUGGGAGAGGGUCGUUCAAGACGGUGUACAAAGGCCUGGAUACGGAGACAACAGUAGAAGUGGCAUGGUGUGAGCUACAGACGCGGAGGCUGACGAAGGUGGAGCGCCAGCGUUUCAGUGAGGAGGUGGAGAUGCUGAAGGGGCUGCAGCACCCCAAUAUUGUCCGCUUCUACGACUCCUGGAAGGACAACUGCAAGGGCCACAAGUGCAUCCUUCUGGUCACCGAGCUCAUGACAUCAGGCACCCUCAAGACGUACCUGAAGAGGUUCAAGGAGAUGAAGCUGAAGCUGCUGCAGCGCUGGAGCCACCAGAUCCUGAAGGGCCUCCACUUCCUCCACACCCGCACCCCGCCCAUCAUCCACAGGGACCUCAAGUGUGACAACAUCUUCAUCACUGGCCCCACAGGCUCCGUCAAGAUCGGCGAUUUGGGCCUGGCCACACUAAAGAGUGCCUCGUUCGCCAAGAGUGUCAUUGGGACUCCUGAGUUCAUGGCUCCAGAGAUGUACGAGGAGAAGUAUGAUGAGGCGGUGGACGUCUAUGCCUUUGGGAUGUGCAUGCUUGAGAUGACCACUUCUGAGUACCCCUACUCCGAGUGCCAGAACGCUGCCCAGAUCUACCGUAAAGUCACCAGCGGAAUUAAGCCGGACAGCUUCUUCAAAGUAAAAGUCCCUGAGUUGAAAGGGAUCAUAGAGGGAUGCAUCCGCAUAAAUACAGACCAGAGGUACACCAUCCAAGACCUGCUGGAACACACCUUCUUCAAGGAGAACAAUGGCGUCCAUGUUGAGCUGGCGGAGGAGGACGACACAGUGAAGUCUGGCCUGAAGCUGUGGCUGCGUAUGGACGACACCAAGAAGCUGCAUGGGAAGUACAAGGACAACAACGCCAUCGAGUUCCUGUUUGAACUCUACAAGGACGUACCCGAGGAGGUGGCCCAGGAGAUGGUGGUGCUGGGCUUCGUCUGUGAGGCAGAUUACAAGCUGGUGGCCAAAGCCAUCCGGGACCGCGCCACCGCCAUCAAGCGGCAGCGGGAGAAGCAGCGCCGGAUGGCCGAGGAGGCCUUGCGCCAACAACAGGAAACUGUCAUUGAGGAAGAACCAGAGUUGGCCCCUGAGCCAGAACCGCCCACCCCCAAACCUCAAAUAGCCCUUCCCAUUAAACAGCCCGCCCCUGUCUCGGCACCCCCUGCCCAGAGUCUGCCCACUCCGAUGGUGUCGAGGCCGGUGAUAUCCGUGGCUAACGGCUCGGUGGAUUCGGGGAUAAAUGCCAGCUUCACAGCAGAGACGGAGGAGCAGGAGGCAGACCAGCGGCUGCACUACAACAUCAGACAUGCCAGCUAUACCUCUGCCACGUCCGACUGCGAAAUGGAUGGCUACCUGAGCUCCUCUGGCUUCCAGGAUCCCGGGGAUCCCCAUCUCCAGCCUCCUGUUAAUUUCGCCCCUUCCUCCAUCACUCCUGUUCCGUUGCCCCUGGAGAUCCCUCGCAUCGAGGCCCUGGCCAUCAAGGCUCCUCCCCCUGACGCUCCACCAAUCCCAGCUCUCCGCUUCCCCUCGAGUAUCGCUGUAUCCAACACUACCAUGCCCCAGUCAGGAAAUGCCAGUGGUUUCUCUUCUCCUGUCGACAGAGCGAGAGUGGAGCAAGAGGCAUCAGAGCACUUCCUUCCCUUCAGCUAUGCCUCUGAUGUGACAUCAGGCUUGAGUGAUGGCAAUGAGGGCCUAUCAGAAAAGAGUGCCAACAAACGUACCGGUACCAAGCUCUUCAGGAGGAGAGCCCGCUCACGCUUACGAAUCACUGGGUUGUCUGACAAAGUGGACCGUGUGGUGGAGUGUCAGCUCCAGACUCAUAACAGUAAGAUGGUGACCUUUAAGUUUGACCUGGACGGAGACAACCCGGAGGACAUUGCUGCUGUCAUGGUCCACAAUGAGUUCAUCCUUCCCUCUGAGCAGGAGGGCUUCAUCUACCGCAUGCGUGACAUCAUCAAGCGUGCAGAGGCCCUGAUGAAGAGGGGUGAGCCCCUGAGUCUGGGGGACGCUGCCCACCAGCUCUACCCCUACCUCAGCGAAGUGGGCACCCUGUCCGCCUCGCAGCCAAACUUACAUGCGCAUGGACUCGAACGGACACAUUCCUCUUCAUCAUUGCCCGACUUUGCUGAGGGCAGCGUUGCUCAGCUCCGAGGCUCGUCUCCUGUGGCGCCUGUUGGAGACUUCUACAUCGACCCAAAGGCGGUCCCUUCUGUUCGCCCCCUCCGCUCUCAGUCCUUCCAGACCACGUCAAGUUCUUCCCAGACCUUCCACCCGCCUGCUUCCCAUUACCCCCAGUAUUCCCACCCCGAGGCCGUGCCCCCUGUGAUGCCCCUCAAUCAGCUGCUUCCCCUGCCCCAGCAGUACCCCAAGCCCCCCUAUGUCCCCAACACCCACUUCCCCUUCCCUUACCCUUUCACCCAGACCUCCUCAAAGCCCGCCAGCGCCCCCCUCACCCCCGAGACCCUCCACCGGGUCCUAAGCAACUCCAACCUCUCCUCCUCUUCCCCAUCCCCUUCCUCCUCCCCUGCCAAGCCGCCCACCCCAGGGCAGCAGCAGGGGGGUGAAACAUUACCUCUGAAGGGUGAGGUAGUGGGCAGUACCCCCCAGCCCACCCCUCCAGCCCAACAGCAGCAGAACCCAGGCAUGUGGCCCCCCAACAGCCACAACCAGCCCCUCUUUUCCCUGGCCAACGUGUUGUCCCUGGCCAUGAGCGUGGCCCAGUCCUUCAUGCCCCCCACCUCCAUGCCCAGCGGUCUGAACCCAGCCCAGUCUGGCUCCUACCACCCCUCCAUGUUUGGCCCUCCCCAGCUGAUGCCAGGGGAGGGCCCCUACCCACCCCAGGGCCAGAUAACAGCAGGCCAGUAUCUGGACAUGUGCCAGCAGUAUGCAGACACCCAGGCUCUGCACCAACAGGGCCUGUUGAAAGCCAACGUAGCCCCAGGGUUACCCCAGCCUGGCGGGCUAGUGGAUGGGACUGCUUUCAGGCAAGCUGGCUCCAGCCUCUCUCCUCCAGGAUCCAGGGUGAGUCCCCAGAUGUAUUGCCAGCUGGGGCCCAGGGUGGGGUUCCAGGAGCAGACUGACAGCUCAGCCUCCACCUCUAUCACCAGCUCCCCCUCCUCCUCAGCUCCAGCCAGCCCACAGAGCACCGUGUCUUCACCCAAGCUAAGAACCUCUUCACCCCUGGUGGUGUCAGAGUCGGGAGCAAACGCUGCCAAAAACAGACUGUCACCUAUCUCUGAGGAGAAAAAGCCUACAGUUACCGUCGGCCGUUUCCAAGUCACACCCAGCAGAGAGAUCCCUGCAGCCUCCGCUAGCCCCGCCCAGGAUCCUCCCCAAACCCACCCACAACACCAAACCCCGCCCACAGUCACCGUUAGCACCAGCCCUUCCUCCCGGGACAGUGAAUCUGAUACCAGCACCGAGGAGCAGGGUGGCGAAUCAGAAAGCAGCGUUAGCACCUUAACCGUGUCCCCUCCCCAGCGAUCCCCCGGCGGGCCCCUGUGUAACUUAGACAUCGCCCAGUCCUUGCCUGGAGGCCCUAAGCAGACAGAGCAGGAGGACCAGCAGGAGAGUGAGGAGGAGCCAGACAAGGAGCCAGACAAGGAGCCAGACAAGGAGCCAGACAAGGAGAAGAAGGAGGGAGAGGAGGAUGAGGAGGAGGAGCUGAGGAGAAGGGGGGGUCGGAGGCUGAGCCUGAGCCUGUGGGAGGGUACAGCGGGGAGCCCCCAGUUCAGUGGAAGCAACCUGAACCAGCCCUGGAUGAGCUACACGCGCAGCGCCUCGUAUGUCAGCAGUGACGAGACAGAGAGCGAGAACGAGGAUAUGUGCGAGGAGCUACAGGAACUCAGGGACAGGCACCUGUCAGAGGUGCAGGCCCUCCAGCUCACUCAGAAGAGGGAGAUUGAGGCGCUGUAUGAGCGGAUGGGAAAGGUGCCUCCCCCUGGCAUCGUGUCCCCUGCUGCCAUGCUCAACAACCGCCAGAGGCGCCUCUCCAAGAGCGGCAACUACCCCGGCUUGCGUAGGAACAGCCUGCAGAGACUGGAUAUACUGCCCCCUGCAGGGAUCAUGCGUAAAAACUCAGUCAGUGGCAGCAGCAGUGGCUCUCAGGAGAGGUCCAGUAAAGGGGUGACCUUUGCCCCCGACUACAACCGGAUGUGAGACGUGUCUCCCUGUGUGAUCCGGAGAACUGGGGGUUGGGGCUGGUAAUACUGUGGCCAGCCGCCUCCCCUCCCAACCAGGAAGAGGGAGCCCAAUGAUGACCAAUACGUUGCCCAGCCCAGUGCUGAACAGAUAGCUCCCAGCCUGAGCCUUGGGAUGGGGAAACCGAAUGAACAGAAGACAUGGGCCUUUUCUGAAUUGGAUUUGCCCAACUCCUGCGUCCUCUUUCCUCUGUCCUCUCUCGUCUCCUUUUGAAAAAGGUCAUUGAGGAGAGGUAGCAAGGAGAGUGAACGAGGACGAAAAUGGGCUUGUAAGAAAUUAAACUUUUUCUCCACUCAGGCAAAUGACGUUUACAGGGGUGGAUCCCAAAAUAAAUGUGUAGAGUGAUAAAAACAAAUGAAGUUAGUUGUUCAAUACAUUUUAUAGAUACAACUAUAAGUAGCAUAUUGUUUGUAAACAUGUGCAUGCUUUUCUCCAUCAACAAAACAAAAGCUGAUUCAAAGGGGGUGUGGCAGAUUUAUAAGUUCUUCCGUGAAGGACUCAGGUAGGAGACGCAUGACUAUCAUCUAUGAAAGAUGGCUAACAAGGAGGAAGAACACUUUUCUGUUCGCCUUGACCACUUAUGAGUUUCUGAGUCACGGAGGUGAGAGGACGAAGGAGAGGUUGGAGGACGGACCUUUUCCCAAAUGAGAAAAGGCCAUGGUCAUCCACAUCACUAAACACUCCUCCUAACGACGAUGGAUAAGGAUCCCAUUGUCAGAGCACCAAAGCAUCCUAUCUGCCAUCUGGUCCAUGUGCAAUACCAUGAGUUAGUAUUGUGACACCAAUCCAAGGAUGUCACCCUCCCCAUCUUAAGGAUGCUAAGCUUAUAUAGCUGUGUGUAGCAUCAGGUCAAGUGGAAAGUGAGCAUAGGAAGGCUAAUUGUGUGUGUUUCUGCGUGUGCUCUUAUGCGGUUGCUGCCUGUGCUAGCCCUGGAAAACACACGUCCCAGAAGCCCUGCUCUCUCCUGCACCUCGUCAUCCAACUGCUGCAAGCAGGAACUCCUCUUAAUACAAUAUGACCCUAUUCAAUCCGAAGUGCUGAAGAUCUGGUUAAUGUUGAAAUUGACAACUAAAGGCAAUGUUCCUGCGGUCGUGGAGACUGCAUUCAUGGUAAACGCUGCAUGUCUGCUCAAUCGGAAAAAACCUUAACAUUUUUAUGUGGGUCAUCUGCGAUACUUCGGCGAUAUGGAUCAAAUCCAGCCCUAGCUAGACAGUGUUUUACUGUUCAGAUGUUAUGAAUCAAGAGAUAAGAUAGCUUUAGCAGGAUGAGAUGUAAUCAUUGCCUUCAAAACAGUGCCUUUGUAGGGUUUGUAAUAUUGUUUCAAGUUGGUAUUUGAAGGAUUUGCAAUAUUGCGUAAGGAAUGGGAUGAACAAAUAUGCAUCUAAUGUAUUGACCGGCAAGUCAGGUCAGCAGUUUUCCAUUUUGCAGCUCCGCUUACUUGGCGUGCCGGGUGAACUAAAUCAAGUACACCUAAAUAAGAGUCAAUCCAAGCUGCCUGCAAGUAUCAGCAAAACAUCAGAGCUGUAUUUGGUGUAAACAAAUGUUAAUGAAGCAACACAAAUCACACAUGGUGCAUGAAAAACUAAAUGUCACUUUACUGAACGUACACUGAACAAAAAUAUAAACGCAACAUGUAAAGUGUUGGUUUCAUGAGCUGAAGUAAAAGAUCCCAGAAAUGCUCCAUAUGCACAAAAAGCUUGUUUCUCUAAAAUUACAUUUGUUUACAU